ACGCGUCACGCCGCAUCCGUGGGGCAUGUUUAUGUUCCCACGCCUGAAGGUGAGCGGACGGGACGCUGCUGAUGGGGCGCGUUGCGCAUUUGGAGCCUCGGUGAGCGCGCCGCUGCCCUCGCGCCGAUCUGAACCUUUUUUUCUUUUGCGCACGGCUGCACUUGGAGCGGCUUUUUUGGGCAUGCUCUGGCUGCCGGGGUGCCGCCGCGCCACCUCCGCCUGAGCCUUCUCCAGACUCCCGCCGGUCUGUGAGAUGGGGGCCGGUCUGUCCAGCCUGGCAGCCUUCCAGUCCCUGCACAUCGUCAUGCUGGGCUUGGACUCGGCGGGCAAGACCACGGUCCUGUACCGGCUCAAGUUCAACGAGUUCGUCAACACGGUGCCCACCAUCGGCUUCAACACGGAGCGCAUCCGGCUGGGGGGCCCCGGGGCCUCCAGGGGCAUCAGCUGCCACUUCUGGGACGUCGGGGGCCAGGAGAAGCUGCGGCCGCUGUGGAAGCCCUACAGCCGCUGCGCGGACGGCAUCGUGUACGUGGUGGACUCCGUGGACGCGGAGCGGCUGGAGGAGGCGCGGGCCGAGCUGCACCGCAUCACCCGCUUCCAGGAGAACCUGGGCACGCCGCUGCUGGUGGUGGCCAACAAGCAGGACCUGCCGCGGGCCCUGGACGUGGCGGAGAUCGAGAGGCAGCUGGCCCUGCGCGAGCUCAGCCCCUCCACGCCGUACCACGUCCAGCCGGCCUGCGCCAUCAUCGGAGAGGGGCUGGACGAGGGCAUGGACAAGCUGUACGAGAUGAUCGUGAAGAGGAGGAAGACGCUGAAGCAGAGGAAGAAGAAGCAGCUUUAGGAUAAACAUCCGAGAUAAUUCAGAGAGGGAGGAGCCGCUGAAGCUGAGCUGAUGCUCUGAUCAUGUCGCCUCCAGCUCUGCACGUUUCCUGACCUUCCGCUCCCCCUGCCAGCUCUCCGCUCUCAGUCUUUUAAGACAAACACGGUCCGAGGUGAAAGACAUGAUGUCAGACCUUGCUAUCAAUUUAAUUGCAGGCAGGAGGGAAUAAAAGACAGCGGGAGAAGCACCAGCAGCUUGUUUAAUGCUGAAUUAAACCCAAAA